AUGGGCGAGGAAACCUACAAGCCAGGCGACAAGCUCACCGCCGCUCCAACAUUCAUAUGCGACCCCAUUGACGGGACUACAAACUUUGUCCACCGGUACCCCUACGUUUCCAUCUCGCUGGGCUUUGCCGUGGAUCUGGAGCCAGUAGUCGGAGUAGUGUACAACCCGUUUACGCAGACUUUGUACUCGGCGAUCAAAGGCCAGGGCGCAUAUCUCAAUCAGACGACGCGGUUACCGCUGAGCGCGCCGACGCCGUUGGAUUCGCUGAAUAGCUGUCUGGUGGCUGUGGAGUGGGGCAGCGAUAGGAGUGGGAAUGAUUUUAGGGUCAAGAGUGAGACGUUUAAGAGGCUGGCGGCGACAAAGGAGGAGGGUGGGGGCAUGGUGCAUGGGCUGAGGAGUUUUGGAAGCGCGGCGUUGAAUCUUUGCGGGGUGGCUAGUGGCGGGCUUGACAUUUACUGGGAAGCUGGGUGUUGGGCCUGGGACGUGUGUGCGGGUUGGGUGAUAUUGAAGGAGGCAGGAGGCAUGAUGGUGGAUGCGAACCCAGGGAAUUGGGAGCCCAGGAUCGACGAGAGGAGAUAUAUGGCUGUCCGUGGAGGCCAAGGCCAAAAAGAAGUCAUCAAGGAGUUCUGGAGUCUAGUCGACGGCGCAUUCGAAGUAGGCAUAUAG